GACAAAAUGGCGGCUGCGCUGCUGGCGCCCGGCUCUUAAAGGAGCCGCAGCACCUCGCGCCUGGCGGCCGGUGGAGACGACGAGCGGCUGUCGGAGGAAGAAGCGGGACGGGAGAGCGGCGCGUUGGGAGCCGCUGCCUUCAGUCGGGGCGCUCAGAGGCCGGCCUGCCUGCCGCGGCGCCGGCGGCGGCGAGCGGGAAGCACUGGAACGGCGUUACCAUGUCAACGCAGAUAUUGGUCAUAUGAUAUUCUGACCUUCUGGCGAUGAAGAAAGGCUCUGUAAAAAAAGCAUUAUAUAGGAAAACACUGACGACACCUUCUCGAACACCAAGUCCAAUGUCUCCUGUCAGCUCAAGUACCAGAUCUCCAUCUCCUUUGAGCCAACAGACAUCUCCAUCUCCUUGCAAAAGCACAGACCAGAAACACCAACAACUUGAUAAUACUGUGGAAAAUGUAGAAGCUGCUUUUGAGGAUAAGUUUCGUAAAGAUGAAAAUGGUGUCAGUCCAGGAGUGAGGUACAUUACUGAAGCCCUUAUCAAAGGUCUGUCAAAACAGGAAAAUUUGGCAUGGAUCAGCUCACUGAAUCUUUCUUCCCCAAGAGAUGGGGAUAAGAAAUUUAAGUACAUAGAAAACUUGGAAAAGUGCUCUAGACUAGAGACACUAAACCUUAGUAACAACCAAAUAGAGAAGAUUGAGAAGUUGGAUAAACUGGUGAAGCUGCGUGAACUCAAUUUGUCUUGCAACAAAAUCAGUAAAAUUGAAGGCAUAGAACACAUGCAGAAUCUACAAAAGCUGAACCUUGCAGGGAAUGAGAUUGAACAUAUUCCUGUGUGGGUGGGGAAGAAACUAAGAUCCCUGCGCAUCCUUAAUUUGAAGCAGAACAAAGUGUCAUCACUCCAUGAUAUAGCUAAACUAAAGCCCCUGCAGGAUCUGACCUCUCUGUUCCUCAGUGGUAACCCAGCUCUCAGUCUGCCUCACUACCGCUCGUACACCAUAUUCCACCUGAGAGCCCUGGAAAACCUGGAUGGGCAGCCAGUGACAAGGCAUGACAGGCAGGAAGCUCUGGAGAGGUUUAACUUGGAAGAGAUAGAAAAAUUAGAGAGAGAGUUGGAAAACACAGAAAAGGAGAUGGAGAACCUCAAACUCAAGCAGUCCAAAGUGCUUGAGCAGCUUCAACAUCAAGAUGAGGUCAACAAAUCAUUAAAAGAAAAGACUUUGCAACAGAAACAAAGCUAUGAAGACCUACAAAGGGACCUGGACACCAAAAAUGAAUUGCUGGUGUGUUGGUUUGUUACAGCUCCCUUUCCGCAGAGCCUUUAUUCCUCACUAAAGUUAAAGCAGAAGACAGUGGAGCUAACCCGAGCUUGCCAGAAGCAGUAUGAACUGGAGCAGGAACUGGCCUUCUAUAAGAUUGAUGCAAAAUUUGAGCCAUUAAAUUAUUUUGCAUCAGAGGAUGUUGAACUUGAUAAUGUACCUGGUGAAAGCCCAUACAUUGGGAAGGCCAGAUAUAAAAGGAAUAUGUUUGUAAGAGAAGGUUUCAUUGCUAACAAAGCUCAGCAUGUGGAAACUGGAAAAAUGCGACUAGACGAAAAUGACUUCUGUAGGAAACCCCACGUGGAAUUGCAGCUCCAAACUCUGGAUGAACUACUAGAGGGUAAAGAAAAAGAGAUUCAUUCAGCACAAAGAAGAUUAGAAGAACUGCAAAGUGCAAUAGGAAAUGCAGAGCAACAAGUUCUGAAAGUAACAGGGGAACUGCAACAACUGGAGGAUGCUCUGGCUCGGAAAAAAGUAUCACAGGCCAACAAGGAGGGUCUUGAACAGCAGUUGAGUGAAAAGAUACAAAUCCUGCAUCAGCUACGCAAGGAAGCUUUAGAGCUGGAGAAACAAAUAGAGAAACAGAAAAGAGAAAUAGAGAAGAAACAGAAAGAGCUUGAAGACUUGCAGGGUUCCCUUGCUACUGUAAAUCCUGAAGAUCCAAGACAUGCUCACAUGAAAGCUCAAAGAGCAAGUAAAGAGCAGCAGUUGGAUGUAAUGAACAAGCAGUACAAGCAGCUUGAGAGCCGCCUGGAUGAGAUGCUCUCUAGGAUUGCUAAGGAAACUGAGGAAAUCAAGGACUUGGAGCAACAGCUCACUGAUGGUCAAAUAGCAACAAAUGAAGCACUGAAAAGGGAUUUAGAAAGUAUUAUCAUUGGAUUGCAGGAAUACCUGGAAAGUGUGAAGUGUCAGGCAAAACAAGCCAAGGAUGAAUGUAAGGAGCUGCAGAAGGAUAAAGAGUCUUUGCUGCAAAGAUUGGCAGAUCUAGAGGAGGAAAGAAGCAACCUGGAAAUAGUUGCCAUGGAUGCAGAAAAUAUGAGGAAAGAGAUUACAGUGCUAGAGAGUGCACUGGCAGAGCAGCGAGAAAUAAACGAAUCACUUAGAGAUGCACAAGGGGAAAUCAGUGCCUAUGAGGCUGAGCUGGAAGCCCAGCUAAGAGACAGAGACACUGAAGCCAAACAGCGAAAAGAAGAACUGGAAAGACUGAAACAACUUAGCCAGAUGGAACUGUCAGCUCUACAAGCUGAACUUGAAAAAGAAAGGCAAGCAUUAGAGAAUGCUCUGACCAAAGCACAACUGGCAGAAGAGAAGGAAAAACAAAACUAUAAGCUUCUUUCUCAGUUCAGACAACUGCAGGGAGACAACAAUCUCCUGAAACAACAGCUUAAAGACCUUCAGAACCAGCUAAACCAUGCAGUUGGUAACUUAAUUCAUCCUGAGGAGGUCUUAACUCGCAUCAGUGAACUCAGGCAAAAGCUGCAGACAGGAGUUGGAGAGGUUAAAUGUCAGAAUUCAACUGAUGUUUUAGGGAAAAGCCUUGCAAACCUGCAGAAAGAAUUUGAUGACAUCCUUGCUGAUGCUCAGAGGGAAAAAGAGAAAGCACAGGCUAGACAGAGACAACUGCAGGAAGAAAUAGCAUCCCAGCAGGAAAAACUGGAAGAAGUGCAGGAGAAAUAUAGACAGGUUAAAGCUGAAAGCAGGCAAAAUAAGAACAAGGUUCAUCAGCUAGAGAAUGAAAUCCAACAUUUACAUGAAAAAAUAAAGAGCAUGGAAGAAAUUCAGGGCCUUGCUGAUCAACAGCUCCAAGAGGCAGAUGAGGAGAAGGAGACUAUUCUUGCUCAAUUAGAAGAUUUGGAGAAAAGGAAGAAAAUAGAAGAUGCCAGGGCACAAAUGCAAUUUGUCAGUCUAGAUAAAGAACUGAAGGAGCUAAAGAGAGCAGUCAUCACCUCAGAUAAGCUGGCAGCCACAGAGCUCUCCAUUGCUAAGAACCAGCUACAGGCUCUUCAUGGGACUGUCCUCAGAAUUAAUCAGGAGCGAGCUGAGGAGAUGGAGGAAGCUGAAAAGUUCUGUGCUGAGGCAGCUCGUGCAGCCCAGGAUCUUGCCAGAGCAGAAGCAGAAAUAGAAUUGUUACAAGAACUCCUCAAAGAGAAGGAAGAACAAUUUCAGCAUGAAAUGGGGAAAGCUGGUGAGAAGACUGUUGCAUCAAGCACUCAGAAGUUGGAAAUUGAUAAAUUAAAUGAAGUUAUGGAGCAACAAAAAGCAGAAAUUGAGCGUUUAAGGGGGUUGCUGGAUAAUAUGGGGACAGAUAACAAAGAUGAAAUUGACAACUUACUAGAUGAAAUUGCAGCACUCAGAAAUGUGCUUUCCUGCCAGAGUGAUUACAUCACCAGUUUAGCAGAUCCACUGAAAAGAAGAGGAUACUGGUAUUACAUCCCAUCAUCACAGGCUUCAACUCCUGCUUCCCACAGCACCAAAGAUUCUGGAGUUUGUUUACUGUGUUCUGGCACAUCCCCAGGCAGAAGAGGGUGUGGGCAGGACAGGCAGUGCAGGAGGGAAGGCUUGCCCAACCCAGGAGGACGUUGGGUUUACUCACCAGUCAGAAAUAGGUUGUACAAAACAAAUUCUGGUAAAGAUGGAAAAGCUAAAGAAGAUAGUGAAGGGAGUGAAGAAACUCGUGUUCCCAAAGAGCCUCCUUUUGUGCCGCCACCUGGCACAGUUAUUUACACUGUGCUUCCAGAUGGUGCCCCUGUUCCUCAGGGAACAGUGGUUUAUGGCCCUCCUCCUGCAGCAGCUAGUGGAGAUUCAGUUGCUCCUGGAUCUGUCAUCUAUGGCCCACCCCCUGUGGGAGCCCAGGUUGUUUGUGGCCCUCUUCCUCCACACUUCACAGUCCCUCUCAUUCCUCUGGGAGUGCUGCACUGCAACGUGCCUGAACAUCAUGAUUUGGAGAGUGAAGUCUCAAGGCUGGAGGACACUGUGUAUUAUUUAAAGUCUCGGAAAUACAAAGAAAAAUGGGCAGAGGAAGCUGAGCAUAAAUGCAAAAAAGAAGUGGAAAAACUGCAUCAAAACAUUGAAGAACUUCUGCAGGAAAGAGAAGAGUUGGAACAUGAAUUAACAGAGCUACAAAGAGCAGCUCAAAAACGUAACAAGCGCAGGGACUUUAUUGAAGGGUACACUGACAACCUUGCUGCAGAAUUGCAGUUAGAGAAGUCUCUUAAACAUCAGAAAGAUCUUGCAGAUGAAAUGGAAUGUUUAGAGCAGACCCUUCUGAAGCGCCGGGCGGAGCUCAGAGAAGCAGACCGGCUGCUUGCAGAAGCUGAGGUGGAACUUGAGAGCACACGGGGGAAGACUAAAGACACUGUUCAGAAGUACAACCAUGUCAAGCAGCAUCUGUCCCGGGCUGAGAUGGAGGCAAAGGAGCUGGAGCGAAGGGCUCGGGAAAUGGCCAUGAAACUUGUGAAGGCAGAUCAGCAACUGAGGUUGUUACAGGCAGAUACGAGGGAUUUAGAACAGCGCAAGAGGGAGCAGGAAGGAAUUCUGAAGGAAAUUAACAAAAUGGUGGCUGCAAGAGACUCCGAGUUCCAGUCAUUAAACCAGAAGAUAGAAAUGCUAACGGAAAGUCUUCAGAAGCUUCAAGGAGAUAUUAAAGUUGCAGAAGGUAAUGAAGAACAUCACCUCCAAAUCCUUGGAGAAGCUGAAAAGCUGCUUCAAGGCAAGAAAACUGAACUGGAAAGAUUAAAAGAUCAGGUCACUGCUCAGCAACAGGAGCUCUUGUUUCUGGAGGAGCAGUUAACCCGAAGAAAGGAGGAGCUCCGUGUCCUUCAGGACUGUAUUUCUCAAAAGAGAGGUGACCUCAAAGAAGCACUUCGAGAUGGAGAGGCUGAAGCAAACGAAAAACUACGCCAAAUAAGGGAAAUAAAAAGACUUCUGGAAGAGCUUAAUGUUGAGAGGAAAGAACUGGAUGUCCAGAUUAAUGAGAAAAGAGCACAGCUUUCAUUCAUAAAGAAGGAUAUUGGAAAAGAGGAAGAAAAUCUUCAAGGAAUACUUGGGCAAAUUACCAGGCAUAAAACAGAACUGAAACAUGUUCUGGAAAUGCUGGAGCUUGAAAAUAAUGAACUUCAAGGUCUGAAACUACAACAUGACCACAAAGUCAAUGAGCUAGAAAAGGCUCAGGUUGCAAUUCUAGAAGAGAAGUUGAAACUGGAGAAUAUUCAGAGAGUAUUUCAGAGUCAGCAAGGGGAAGUGGACUGGCAGGAACAACUUCUUGAGAGAGACCGGCAGGAGAACGAGCAUCUGGUUUCUCAGCUGCACACUCUGCAAAAUGACAUUGAGGCUUUGAGUAAAGAAAAGGAAAAGCUUGAAGAAGAUUGUCAGAGUUUGGAAAAGAAGUUGUCACAAACCAGAAGAGACUUAAGUGCUACUGAAGACACCAGCAGAACUGCCUUGUCCAACGUAGAAAAAAUGGAACUGGAUGUUAGAAACCUGCAGCAGGAGGUAGAUCUACUGAACAAACAAAAAAAAUCACUACAUGGAGAUAUUGUUGUUGUACAGAAGGAUCUUCAAGAAAAAAAAGAAGAAUUAGAAACACUGAAGACAGAAUUAAAUUAUUCCAGGCAACAGCUCCAGCUGGUGGAACAGGAUUUGAAAAAUAAUACAAGACAUCAGGAUGAGCUGCUUAGAGAGCAGGCAACCCUGAAAGAAGAUAUCCUGGAGUAUUUAAGGAAACGUAAGGAUUGCCAAGAGAGACGGAAAAAGAGGGAGAACCAACUGCAGCAGCUCCAGAGAGAGAUCAAGGAGAAGGAAGCAGAACUGGCCAAACAAGAAGCAAUUCUUCAGCACUUGAAGCAAAAUUCAGAUCAUGAAGGAAAAAAACUGGAGGAAUAUAGUGUUAAAGUGAAGGAUCAGAAAAUACUAUGGGAAAAGGAACUCUCAGAGCAACAAAAGAAACUGGAGCAGGCAGUAGCAAAAGUAAGGCUGGCAGAAGAAAACCUUGGGAAGCUGGAACAGGAGGAGUCCCGAUAUGAAUCACUUGAAGAAUCAGUCAGAAAAAGCAAACAUCAGCUCUCAGAGAAAGAAUUACAAUUGCAACAGAAAAAUAGAGAAAUAGAGUCUCUUCAAAAAGAACUGGAAGUCUCCAAGUCUGAGCUAAACCAUCUCCAAGAUCAGAUUGCAUCAGAGAGGAAAAAAGCAGAAAAAAAAAUCUUGAGUCUGAAAGAAGCAAUGAAAGCACAAAGGAUGCAGCUUGAAAGAAAAUGGCAGGAACAAAAGCAUGAAAAUAACUGCUUGCAGAGUGACACAGCAUCUGCAGAACAAGAAGCACAGAAUAACCAUGAACAAGCCAAGUUCCUUACGAAGGACCUUGGCCAGAUCCAGCAGGACUACGUGGAUCUCCAAAGCCAGGUUAAAACUCAACAAGACCUGGAAAAGAGACAAAGGGAAAUAGAGAACGCAGCAACGUUGCUUAAACUGGAGGUUGAAGAUGAAAUCAGGAUGGGGUUCAAAUGUCCCAGCGCAUCUUUGGAACUGCUGGAAGAUGUGGAAGCACAGUCUGAAGCAGAGGCUGGGCUGCAGUGUGACUCUGAUAACUCAGAGGAGGCUGCUCCGUUUGCUGCUGCUGGCAAGAGACUCCUCUCAUUGGAAGAAAAGUUGGAUUUUUCUGAAGUCUUCUUAAUGGAUGAGCAGUGGCGCCGGGAGGCUCUGCGGGAGAAACUGCAGCACCACGAAGACCGGCUGAAGGCCCAGCUCCAGCAGAGCUUGUCCAAGCAAGUGGAAGUAUUGCUCAGAAGAAAGCAGCAGACAGAAGGCACCCUGCACAGCCUGAAGAGACAAGUGGAUGCCCUAGAUGACCUUGUCAGCAGCUCUUCUUCAGAUUCACUGUUUCUAACCCAAAGCUCAAGCCUGCUGUCUUUCCAUGAUGCUCUGAAUUUAACAAAAACCCAGGCUCCCCUGUCAGGCCUCGUGCGCUUCCCCGGUGGGCGGGCGGGCGUUCCCGUGGUGCCGCGGUCCUGCUCGGGAGGAGUUUCUCUGUGAAGCCCAGAGGUGACAGGACUGAACCUCAUAAGGUCGUGCAGGUUGAGUUGUGUGGGCAGGAGGUGGUGGCAGCCCAGGGGCAGGGUUGGGUUCCGGGCCUUGUUGUCCAUUUCCAGUGAAAAACAUUCCUGUGGUUGGUGUCCCAGAACUUGAUGCUGCUUUUGCUCCUAGAUGUGUAUUUCCACCAUCAGUUACCACCUUUGAAGGCUUCUACCUCACAAUUUUACAAGCCUUUUCUAAAAAGGUAUUUGCCACCACUAGCAAAGGGCUGGCAGCAGGGCCUGCUCCGUACUGUGACAUUUUUGUAAGACUAAAUAACAGCUUUAUGUAUAUAAGGGUUUUUUUAAAUUAUUUUACAUGUUUCUAUUAAAUCUUAUUUGUCAGUUUCCACUUUUACUUAAAACUUGUAAGAGGGAAGAGUUGUCCAUUUACCUGUUGUCAAAUGCGUGGAUGUUUUCAGUACAAUUAUUUUUGAGUACUUCCUUAAAAUAAACUUCAGUUACUGAUGUUUGGUUUUA